AUGACAAAAGGCUGCUACACCUGCCGUCGCCGACGCAUCAUCUGCGACAAUGGCCUCCCCACGUGUCGAAAGUGCCGGGAUGCGGGGAAAGAAUGUCUGGGGUACCAGAAACCCCUUGUCUGGGUCAAGGGAGGUGUAGCUAGUCGAGGAAAGAUGAUGGGUCGCAGCUUUGACGACGCCAUUUCGAACCCCUCGGGGAACCAGAGCGAGUCGACCAGCGCCUUGCCGAACAACGGCCUGUCGACGUCAGCAUCGGAUGCCAUCUCCGCACCGACUCCCAACCGGACGGGGCCUGAAUCGACACGGGAUACAUCGGAUAUUGCGCAGGAGGAAAAGAAGCAGAAACGUAUUACUCCCAAGAGAGUGAACGCGAGAGUCGACUCUUUCCCGGCGCCCAGGGCUCUGGUAGAUCCGCUGUUCCAAGAUCUAAGUCCUUUGACCAGAUUCUACAUCUCUCACUUCAACCAGCAUCUUGUCGGUUAUCUCGCGCUGUAUUCCCAUGUGAACAACCCAUUCCGUCAACUCACUCCCUUAGUCGGAGAAUCCCCCGUUCUCGCCCACGCGCUGGCUGCGACGGGCGCAUUACACUAUGCAAUCGUCGCAAAUUAUGAUUUCUCGCCUACGCCAUGGUCUAACGGUGGAGCCGCGUUGACGGAGACUCGUCUGUCUCCAGAAGAUGUUGAAAAAGCCGUGGUUAGUUCCAUGUGCCGGCGACCAGCUUCAAAGACCUACGAGCACUUCCUCGGAUUCAAGCAACGCACCCUCCACCAACUAUCGCAGGAUCUGCAUGACCCUUCCAAACGCACAGAUAACCGGACGUUGGCGACGAUCAUGAUCCUAGCGCUUAUGGAUGCUAUUGAGUCCGGGGACGGCGCCUGGAAAUAUCACCUCGAGGGUGCCAAACAAUUGCUAUCAAGUCGAGGCUCAGAGAAUAACCCCCUUGCCAAACAAAGCAUGACCGAUUCGCUCGACACCUUUGCCAUCGACGGUUGUCUCCUGAUCCAGCUGAUGGGCUCUACCCUCGCCCGACCAGGCUCCCUCACGAAGCCCUUCUACUCCUCAGACAUGGGCGCCGGCGUUCUCAAACGUCUCGAAGAAACCUCCUGGGUCGGCUGCCCCGCCUACCUCCUCGAAGUCAUUUUCAUCGUCCACGCCGGCUGGUGCUCGGACCCAGACACCGACUCCACGGCCCACCACCCCACCCUGAAUUUCCCCUCGGCCUUCCUCCCAGAAGACUCCAACCCAUUCCAAUCCCCCGGCGCCCUCCUCCGACACAUCCAAGCCUUCGACCCCGUCGCCUGGGCCCAAGCCAUGCAAUCCUGCCUCUACCUCCCCGACCAGACCAUGCGCAUCGCCCUGGCCAGCGUCUACCGCGCCUCUGUCUACCUCUACGCCAGCCGUGUGCUCUCCCGCCCUCGCGCCGGCGCCGCCAUGUCCAACAGCUUCGGCCUGCCCCCGGACCACAGCGCUGUCGCUAAUCGCCUCAUUCGCGAAAUCGCCCUAAUCCCGGUCUCCGACCCGCAUUUCAAAUGCCUCAUCUGGCCGUCCUUCAUCGCCGGUGCCGAAUGCCGCGAUCCCGCGCAACGUCCCAUCCUCCUGCAAACCCUCAGCACUCUUUACUACGACAUCACGAGCGUCAACGUCCGCAACGCCGCUUGGGUCCUCAGUUUGAUGUGGCGGAAACGGGACGCGAAAAGACAAGAGGCGUCUGGCCAGUCCCCCUCUUCUCCUCACUCUACCUCUCCCUCUUCUGCCUCCUCCCCUGUUUCUCCUAUCUCGAUGACCACGGCGGCAUUCACCCCGCCCGACACGUCUUCCGGGUCCUCAAUAGUCACUGAUACCACUUACGACGAUGAUGAUUUCGAUUGGAUCCAGGAAUUGGAUAAUUCGAGGAUUGAUUGGUUAUUUAUAUAA